AUGCCCCCUCACGCUUCUUCAUAUAGCUUUACUUCGACAACAACCACCUACAUCCUUGUGUAUGUUGAUGACAUAUUGGUCACUGGUGACAACUCAUCUGAAAUCUCCUCUCUUAUAUCUCAACUUAACAACAUCUUUUCCCUCAAAGAUCUAGGCCUCCUUCAUUAUUUUCUUGGAUUAGAAGCUGUCUACACUUCUCCCACAACCAUUCACCUUAGCCAAACUAAAUACAUCACGGAUCUUUUAGAAAAAGCAAAAAUGAAUUCUGCAAAAUCCAUGCCCACUCCAAUGCUCACAGGUCAGAAAUUAUAUAUGGAAGGUGACACUGCCUUCUCUGAUCCCACUUUGUAUAGAUCUAUUGUUGGUGGAUUACAAUAUGCCACUAUCACUAGACCAAAUCUUUCAUAUGCUGUCAACAAAGUAAGCCAAUUCAUGCAUAAACCUCCUCUUGAAGUUCACUUGAAAGCUGUCAAAAGAAUUCUAAGGUACCUAGCUGGAACCAAAACCCAUGGUCUUAUCUUUCAUCAGUCCAAGGACCUUCGGUUACUUGCUUUUUGUGAUUCUGAUUGGGGGUCCGAUAUAGAUGAUCGCAAGUCUACCAGUGGUUUCUGUGUAUAUCUUGGUUCAAACCUUAUAUCAUGGUCAAGCAAAAAGCAGCAUGCAGUAUCACGAUCCAGCACAGAAGCUGAGUUUCGCAGCUUGGCAUCCACCUUAGCAAAAAUCACUUGGUUACAAUCACUCCUGUAUGAGCUUCAUAUUCCAUGUACUGUACUUCCAACAGUCUUCUGUGAUAAUGCCAGCACUGUUAUGUUAGCAGAAAAUCUAGUUCUUCAUAAUCGUACAAAACACUUCGAACUGGAUCUUUACUUUGUAAGGGAUCGGGUAAUUCAAAAGCAAGUCUUUGUGCAACACAUUCCUGGAACAGAAUAA